AUAAUUGCACAGUUUUGUAAAGAAAUGCAAUCCAAUAUCGGAAUUUUAUGACUAACAGCACUGUGACAAAGUUUAGAAUACAUAAACACUGUGUUACAUCAGCUUCCACGAAUUCAUUAAUCGGAGUUCGAAAAGAAUAGUUAAAAUAAAUAUUUUUAUUCCUUUAUUUGUCCAAAGGCUCUUCAUGUAAACAGCAAGGGCAGGUUCGAUGGAACGCGUGGCUGAACAAUACGAUGACAUACAUCUAAACGAAAACAGAGAAAAACAUGCACUUUUCGCUUGUUCAAACGAAAUAAAAGCGUGUGUAGACCCAUUUGCAGUCAUUUCGUCGUUGAUAGCGAAAACUCUGCUGGAUAAGAACGUUCUAGAUGAUUUUUCUCAGCGAUAUCAACAUGAAACAAAUAGAGAAGUCAUUUGUGAAGACAUGCUUACAGUACUUAUUUCACAAAAAGUGCGCUUUCAAAGUUUUGUACAUGUUUUAGAUGAAUGUGGAUACAAAGAACUCGCCGCACGGCUGAACCUUUUAUACGUGCACAGUGUCGAUCCGUCUAGCACUGGUGUUGGGAAAUCAAAUAAGCUCAGUUCACGUGCAUCAAAAUAUUUUAGCAACUUAAAACGACUUCUUCAAAAUGGAGUGAUGAAAGAGUCAAAGACAGCUCUUCAACAGUUAACAGAACGAUUUGUUAAAAGGCUUAAAACGGAAAAAUGCGCUGUCAUUAGACAGGAGCUUGCGGACAAAUGCAUUUUGACAGUAUGCGCUGAGGCGGAUGCAAAAGCCAUUUCGUUUGACGAGAAUCUUCAUGAUAGUGAUGUGUUUUCACGAUUUCAUCAAUUUAUUACACAGAGCAGCAAUACACUCAUAUCGCGUGCUAUGUAUUUCGGGAGACUAGCCAACGCCUAUGCUAUGGUAGGAAAAUUUGAUGAAAGCGAGCACUUCAUGACGGAAGCACGUUCCUGCGCGUUUCACUUGCCUGAAUGCCUCGAGGUUACGAAUAUAUUCUAUAUAGACGUUUACAUUAAACUUUGGCAGUAUGAAACUAACCCUACACAAGAGCUUAGACACGAAAUAUUUUUGUGGGCAAGAAUGGGUCUUCAGAGUGUUAACAAUGAAACGGACGAAAACAGAAUGUUAUGGACACGGCUUUUUGACCUGAAGAUGGUUUUCACCCUGUUAGGACUUGGAAAUAGGGGUGUUAUUAAUAAGAACUGCGUCGUUCAGGCGUCGGAUGUCAGCCAGGCGAAGGAGCUCUUAGCUGAUGUUGACAAGCAUUGGACUGGUAUUGCUAAUAGGCGAAAAAUGAAUUAUUACGUUGCAAGGGCAAGAAUAUUGCAACUCGAAGGUCACGAUACACUAUGUCUGAACAAUCUUGGUAUGGCCCUGGGGAUAGCCAAAGAUGGACAAUUCAAAGAGAAAGAGUUCAUUUCAAAGUACUUUGCAUCCGUUGAGUCAAACAUUUCUGGGCAUGGAUCAAACUCACAUCAUUCUGUUUCAGAAUUCCAAUAUGCUCAGUCAUGGAAAAGAAAUUUGGCUGAUAGCAUAUUCUCGGAUAGCAUAUUCUCGGAACAUACUGCAACCAAUGCGUUGGAUCAUUUUGAGACAACUUCUGAAGAUGCUGUCAGUUGCACAUGUUUGAAACGUGCACUAGACGUUUGUGAAUGCUCGUUUUCUACAUUCUCGGAACAUACUGCAACCAAUGCUUUGGAUCAUUUUGAGAUUUAUUCUGAAGAUGCUACCAGUUGCACAUGUUUGAAGCUUCCAUUAGACGUUUGCGAAUGCCCUUUUUCUACAAUAGUGAACACAAUAACUGAAAACAAAAGUACAACACUUUACAAUGAAGGGAGCGAAGGAAACGAUGAAAUAAAUUAUUUGAGCAACAUCGGUUUCUACUCGCAGGCGAACUGCAAGCACGCCGACGAUAAUCUUAUUCCCGAGAUCAAUCCCGAUUUGGCAAGAGCCAGGACAGUGAGGCGUGGGCUGUGCGGAGACUUUUCGCCACCCUCUUCAUUACAGGAAAACGCACUGGAUGUGUGUUCAAUAACUGGACCUUACGCUUUGCCUCAAAUAUGCAGGGACAUUCCGACGCGGUUUUCAUUUCAGGAAAACUCUCUAAAUGUGCAAACAGUAAUUGCACCGUUUGCCAUGCCUCAAGAAUUUUCUGACUUUAGGCCACGCUCUGCAUUUCAGGAAAAAUCUCUAAAUCUGGUAUCAAUUAAUGGACCGCUCGCACUACCUUACCUUUCGAUUGACCAGAGCAAUAACGUGUAUGAAAAGGAUACGGACGCCAACAUUGGUAACUGUUCGGUACACAUGAAAUAACUGUUAGUAAGUGGUACAAAAAAUAUCAAGUAUAAGCACGGAAGAGGAUAUGCCUUUUCUCCAUGGUUCUAUAUUAUAUUUCAUGGUAUUGUAAUCAUGAGCAUGUCCAUGUAAAAAUCUGAGAUUUUGUCUCGAUAUUUUUUUGUAGUUAUUGUUAUUUGUUAUUGGUUGCGUUCUAAAAUGCUUAAAGAUGUUUGUUACCAUUUAAGUUCUUCUAUAAAUUAAAUAUCAUUACCUGA